AUGAGGGGCCCAGAAGGUCAAUUCCACGGAGGAGCUGAAGGACAAUUCCGCGAAGGCCCACGAGGACAGUUCCACGAAGGACUAGGAGAAGAACCAUUCAGAGGCCCAGGAGGACAAUUCCAUAGAGGAGCUGAAGGGCAAUUCCGCGAAGGCUCAAGAGGACAGUUCCACGACGGACUAGGAGGAGAACCAUUCAGGGGCCCAGAAGGUCAAUUCCACGGAGGAGCUGAAGGACAAUUCCGCGAAGGCCCACGAGGACAGUUUCACGACGGACUAGAAGAAGAACCAUUCAGAGAAUUUGGUGGACAAUUCCAUGGAGAAGCUGAAGGGCAAUUCCGCGAAGGAUUAAGAGGACAGUUCCACAACGGACUAGGAGGAGAACCAUUCAGAGGCCCAAAAGGGCAAAUCCACGGAGGAGCUGAAGGACAAUUCCGCGAAGGCCCAAGAGGACAGUUUCACCAAGGACUAGGAGAAGAACCAUUUCACCAAGGAUCAGGAGAAGAACCAUUCAGAGGCCCAGUAGGACAAUUCCAUGGAGGAGCUGAAGGGCAGUUCCGCGAAGGCCCAAGAGGACAGUUUCACCAAGGACUAGAAGGAGAACCAUUCAUCGGAAGGAAUGGUACUGAACAGAAAGAGCAAUAA